CCGAGAAGUGUUUGCAAUUUGAAAAGCAAAGUAAACAUUGGAGUUCGUUUGAAGUAUGCUCAACAAAAUAUAACUCAAUUUGUUAGUUAUAAUCUAAAAUUGAACAUGGAUACCGUCACAGAUAAACGAACAUCUAAGAGGAAGAAGAAAAAGCAAUACAUAUACACAACUAGAAUCUCGAGAAGAACUAUAUAUCGUACUCUUUAUUGGACGUGUGUCUUCGUUGUCCUCGCCGCACUUUGCGUCGGCCUACACUAUUCAUUCAAAGCUGAUUUCGGACAAUGCACAUCUUAUGAUAUUAAAUGCAAUUAAUAUGCUAUUGACAUUAUGGAGAAUGUGGUUAGGAACAGGAAAUUUAACUUAUAUCAUUGCAUCUACUGGAUAUCAGUUUGUUUAUUGAUUACUAUCGCUGUUUUUUUAAUAUUUUUUUUCAUGGACGUUCCUCGACAUUACUGCACAGAUUAUGAAGUUUCUUGCAUUGAUCCAGAUAAGGAGGAAGUUUUAUGAACCAAAUAAUUAAUUGAGAAAUUUAUUUAAAAAAUAAUUUUGCUCUUGCAGUUGAUGGCCGAGUCAUUGAAGAAAUAUUUCAUUGAUAAUUUAACAAACUACAAAACUACACAACACAGAAUUAACCUUAAUUUCAGCAUAAUAAUAUGGAUUGGCCCUUAGAAACUCGAAAUGCACAUGAUAAAGGAAAAAAUAAAUAAAAACAUUGUUAUUUAACAUCAAUUACUUGUUCUCACGUACACUUAAUAUUACAAUCAUAAUCAAUAAAUUCUAUUUGGCAACUGUAGUUA